UUUUUACCUUACUUUAAAGACGUGCAUUGUUAGAGUCGGAUCUCGAAAACACUCCGUAAAAAGGCAAACAUUUUGAACACACAACUUAAUCUGUCAAGUGUUAUUAGGUGGAUAUUUGUGUAAAUAUCUUCUACAAAUGUCCGACACCGACAGCACACCAACACAUUAGACUAAGAGUCAACAGGUACCACUAGUAGUGGCGACUAGAGAGUGAUGCGGGCUCUUACUAACCAUUAGAGGAAAGUAGAUAUUUAUACCUAUACUUUCCCACUAAGUACACUUGAAGGUGUGAGACGCCAGGUGGAUAUAUGUGUUUAUAAACAGUGACAAUUUCCUGUUAGAUAGGCCGCCGACCGCCCAUACAGCUUACCAGUGUUGGUGGGGGACGAUACAGAGAGAUUUGAUGUUUGAGAGGUCGAGACAUAAUACUGACACUACAGACAACAACAUAUAUCGUACUCCAGUCGACAUGGCUCUCCUGGCACUCCGUACCCUGCUCCUGGUAGCUGUCCUCCAGAUAUCUACCGCCAACCUCGUCAUCACCGCAGACGAACAGCAUACCAGUGAUAUUACGUGCUGGACUUGUCCAGUCAAGAAGAACAACGACGCGUGCAACGACUGGGCCCCGGAUGUGAAAUGUCCUCUCAAUAACACUGUAUGUAAGACAACUCACAUCCUACACAAGACUACCGGGGAGAGUGUGUCCGUCAUCAAGCAGUGUGCGCCUCCCUCUGAAUGUGACCUGGAGGCAGUAGGCUGUACGGCUAUUCCUAACACGGACCACAUGGAGUGUAUAUCUUGUUGUGACAAGCCCUACUGUAACGUUGCCGUCCCCGUUAACACGACCACUGCCAUCAAGUUAUCAUCCUACUUCAGUGGUGCCAGUGACCUUCACCCCAGUCAGCACAUUAUGACCUUCACUAUUGUUGUUGUCAUGGGUUACCUCUUCACCAGCGUUUUGAAUGGACAAGGAUGAUUUCUCUGACAUCUCAUUUUCGAGUAUGAAGCUGGUUCAUUUCUAAAUGAAUUUGAAAUAUACAUCUUGAAAAGAGAAACUGGUAUUCCAAACACAAAGUUUCCUAGCAAGGAGAGCUCAGGCAACAAAUGGAAGUUCCCAAGGAAAAAGUGUUUGUUUGAAGUUCUGUUUUGGGUAACAUUGUGGGAAUGAAAAAGAAACAUCCCAUUCUUCACUGCGACAGAAUCAGUUCAUGGGAACUCUUCAGUAACCUGUGAAUUAGUGCAGGUUCCUCAGUCCUUGGUCUUCAUUCAAUUCAAGAUCUUUGAGAAGUACACAGUACAUGUCUCCUGAGAAAGAUUCCACAUACAGUUCUCACAAUAUGAAUACCCGGUAGUGUAUCACCAGAAUGGAAUCUGGUGGAAAUAGUGGUUCUGAUAGAAUACCACUACAUAGGACAGCGAGGUCCAGACUUAGGACAGUAUUAGGACCUUACGUUGGUGAACUGUACUGAAUGGUGACAGUAAUGGUGCUUCAGAGUCUAUACAGGCCGUGACUGGUGUUAGAACCUCAGUUAAUUUAACCUAAACAUCAGCGAUAGUGAUUAGGGUCCAUACAGGGUAAAAAAAACUUAUUAUUUCAUUUCAAAUAUUGCCACCAUGAGGUGAUAGAUUACCUACCAGACCAGUAUUACCACAAGGUACUUCAGUCCCAGACCAGAUCUAACAUAACCUGAUCUGGCAGACACCUUAAUCACAAUAACUCUUAAACAAUCUCAAACAUGAGAAUUUGUGAUAUCAGGGAGAAUAUUUACGAUCAUCAACAUCAUAAUGACAUGAAUGCCAGCAGUGUUAAACAGUCGUGCUUCAUAUCCACAUGAAUGCCAGCAGUGUUAAACAGUCGUGCUUCAUAUCCACAUGAAUGCCAGCAGUGUUAAACAGUCGGCUUCAUAACCACAUGAAUGCCAGCAGUGUUAAACAGUCGUGCUUCAUAUCCACAUGAAUGCCAGCAGUGUUAAACAGUCGUGCUUCAUAUCCACAUGAAUGCCAGCAGUGUUAAACAGUCGUGCUUCAUAACCACAUGAAUGCCAGCAGUGUUAAACAGUCGUGCUUCAUAUCCACAUGAAUGCCAGCAGUGUUAAACAGUCGUGCUUCAUAUCCACAUGAAUGCCAGCAGUGUUAAACAGUGGUGUGAUAAACAGCCUUACUAUGACAAUGAUAGUGCCAAGCAUAUAGUGUUAACGUCACAUGGACGAAACCCAGUGUACGUAAAAGUGAUUUUACUGAUUACAUUGUACGGAUUGUUUUGUUGUAUAUAACAUGUUUUACAUAUGUACAUAUUAUAUAUUAAUUUAUAAUUAACAGCUACUAUUAACAUAAAAUCAAAAUCAUGCAUCUAUUAAAAAAAUACUCGUACAUCUCAUCAUGUCACAUGAAAUACUCAAUUCUCCAUGACAACCAAUAUCGGGGACAGCUGAAGGGGAGAUAAUCCUGUUACUUUUGAAGGUUACUAUACUUUGUAGAUCCUGUUACUUUUGAAGGUUACUAUACUUUGUAGAUCCUGUUACUUUUGAAGGUUACUAUACUUUGUAGAUCCUGUUACUUUUGAAGGUUACUAUACUUUGUAGAUCCUGUUACUUUUGAAGGUUACUAUACUUUGUAGAUCCUGUUACUUUUGAAGGUUACUAUACUUUGUAGAUCCUGUUACUUUUGAACGUUACUAUACUUUGUAGAUCCUGUUACUUUUGAAGGUUACUAUACUUUGUAGAUCCUGUUACUUUUGAACGUUACUAUACUUUGUAGAUCCUGUUACUUUUGAAGGUUACUAUACUUUGUAGAUCCUGUUACUUUUGAAGGUUACUAUACUUUGUAGAUCCUGUUACUUUUGAAGGUUACUAUACUUUGUAGAUCCUGUUACUUUUGAAGGUUACUAUACUUUGUAGAUCCUGUUACUUUUGAAGGUUACUAUACUUUGUAGAUCCUGUUACUUUUGAAGGUUACUAUACUUUGUAGAUCCUGUUACUUUUGAAGGUUACUAUACUUUGUAGAUCCUGUUACUUUUGAAGGUUACUAUACUUUGUAGAUCCUGUUACUUUUGAAGGUUACUAUACUUUGUAGAUCCUGUUACUUUUGAAGGUUACUAUACUUUGUAGAUCCUGUUACUUUUGAAGGUUACUAUACUUUGUAGAUCCUGUUACUUUUGAAGGUUACUAUACUUUGUAGAUCCUGUUACUUUUGAAGGUUACUAUACUUUGUAGAUCCUGUUACUUUUGAAGGUUACUAUACUUUGUAGAUCCUGUUACUUUUGAAGGUUACUAUACUUUGUAGAUGUGCAAUAAAUAGUGUUUUUUUUAAACCAGGAAACAGAGAUAUCUAGGUAUUGUAUAUAGAUAGUAAUGACAUGCUGUUAUACAAUUAUCUGGUGAAGUUUUAGGAGGAAAUACCAGGGUAAAUCUGAAGAACAUAGGCACUAAUUUAGAUCUCUGAAGUUUUAGGAGGAAAUACCAGGGUACUGUACUACAUAUAAAGAACAUGCACAGGCACUAAUUUAGAUCUCUGAAGUUCUUAUGUACCUCCAGUAGUUGUGCUUCUACAAUGUAUUUUUAUUUCAAUAAUUUUAACUUCAAGAUGUGUCCCUUAAAUGAUAAUUCCAAUAUAUACAAUUAUGUAGGAGCUGGGGCCUUCAUAGCUAGCAGAGUAGUAUGGGGUCAAAACUGGAAAACUGGACAGUUUAACAUUGGGAAAUAUGCAUAAAAAUGACCAGCUAUCAACUUUAAGAAUAAAAACAUCACAUGCUUUAUUUUGAAAAUUCCAUAGUUUGAGACUGGAGUUCCGCUCUGAAAAAUGCUAAAAACAGGAGAGUCGAGUCUAAAACUGGAAACUUAACAGUUAUAUGAAUUAGAUUAACCAGACCCUUAUAAUAGUUAGGUCCCUGACAUGACCUAUUAUCUCCCCUAAUGUUUACCAGACCUUUAUAAUAGUUAGGUCCCUGACAUGACCUAUUAUCUCCCUAAUGUUUACCACCUUUUGAUUGGUUAGGUCCCUAACUUGACCUAUUAUCUCCCUAAUGUUUACCAGACCUUUAUAUUAGUUAGGUCCCUAACUUGACCUAUUAUCUCCCUAAAGUUUACCAGACCUUUAUAUUGGUUAGGUCCCUAACUUGACCUAUUAUCUCCCUAAUGUUUACCAGACCUUUAUAUUGGUUAGGUCCCUAACUUGACCUAUUAUCUCCCUAAUGUCACCAGACCUUUAUAUUGGUUAGGUCCCUAACUUGACCUAUUAUCUCCCUAAUGUCACCAGACCUUUAUAUUGGUUAGGUCCCUAACUUGACCUAUUAUCUCCCUAAUGUCACCAGACCUUUAUAUUGGUUAGGUCCCUAACUUGACCUAUUAUCUCCCUAAUGUCACCAGACCUUUAUAUUAGUUAGGUCCCUAACUUGACCUAUUAUCUCCCUAAUGUCACCAGACCUUUAUAUUGGUUAGGUCCCUAACUUGACCUAUUAUCUCCCUAAUGUCACCAGACCUUUAUAUUAGUUAGGUCCCUAACUUGACCUAUUAUCUCCCUAAUGUUACCAGACCUUUAUAUUAGUUAGGUCCCUAACUUGACCUAUUAUCUCCCUAAUGUUACCAGACCUUUAUAUUGGUUAGGUCCCUGACUUGACCUAUUAUCUCCCUAAUGUCACCAGACCUUUAUAUUGGUUAGGUCCCUAACUUGACCUAUUAUCUCCCUAAUGUUUACCAGACCUUUAUAUUAGUUAGGUCCCUAACUUGACCUAUUAUCUCCCUGUUUACCAGACCUUUAUAUUGGUUAGGUCCCUAACUUGACCUAUUAUCUCCCUAAUGUUUACCAGACCUUUAUAUUGGUUAGGCCCCUAACUUGACCUAUUAUCUCCCUAAUGUUUACCAGACCUUUAUAUUGGUUAGGUCCCUAACUUGACCUAUUAUCUCCCUAAUGUUUACCAGACCUUUAUAUUAGUUAGGUCCCUGACUUGACCUAUUAUCUCCCUAAUGUUUACCAGACCUUUAUAUUAGUUAGGUCCCUGACUUGACCUAUUAUCUCCCCUAAUGUUUACCAGACCUUUAUAUUAGUUAGGUCCCUGACAUGACCUAUUAUCACCCCUAAUGUUUACCAGACCUUUAUAUUGGUUAGGUCCCUAACUUGACCUAUUAUCUCCCCUAAUGUUUACCACCUUUAUAUUAGUUAGGUCCCUAACUUGACCUAUUAUCUCCCCUAAUGUCACCAGACCUUUAUAUUAGUUAGGCCCCUAACUUGACCUAUUAUCUCCCUAAUGUUUACCACCUUUAUAUUAGUUAGGUCCCUAACUUGACCUAUUAUCUCCCCUAAUGUUUACCAGACCUUUAUAUUGGUUAGGUCCCUAACAUGACCUAUUAUCUCCCUAAUGUUACCAGACCUUUAUAUUAGUUAGGUCCCUAACAUGACCUAUUAUCUCCCUAAUGUUACCAGACCUUUAUAUUGGUUAGGUCCCUGACUUGACCUAUUAUCUCCCUAAUGUUACCAGACCUUUAUAUUGGUUAGGUCCCUGACUUGACCUAUUAUCUCCCUAAUGUUACCAGACCUUUUGAUUGGUUAGGUCCCAAACUUGACCUAUUAUCUCCCUAAUGUUUACCAGACCUUUAUAUUAGUUAGGUCCCUAACUUGACCUAUUAUCUCCCCUAAUGUUUACCAGACCUUUAUAUUAGUUAGGUCCCUGACUUGACCUAUUAUCUCCCUAAUGUUAACCAGACCUUUAUAUUGGUUAGGUCCCUAACAUGACCUAUUAUCUCCCUAAUGUUUACCAGACCUUUAUAUUAGUUAGGUCCCUAACUUGACCUAUUAUCUCCCUAAUGUUUACCAGACCUUUAUAAUAGUUAGGUCCCUAACUUGACCUAUUAUCUCCCCUAAUGUUUACCAGACCUUUAUAUUAGUUAGGUCCCUAACUUGACCUAUUAUCUCCCCUAAUGUUUACCAGACCUUUAUAUUGGUUAGGUCCCUAACUUGACCUAUUAUCUCCCUAAUGUUUACCAGACCUUUAUAUUAGUUAGGUCCCUAACUUGACCUUUUAUCUCCCUGUUUACCAGACCUUUAUAUUAGUUAGGUCCCUAACUUGACCUAUUAUCCCCCCUAAAGUUACCAGACCUUUUGAUUGGUUAGGUCCCUAACUUGACCUAUUAUCUCCCUAAUGUUUACCAGACCUUUAUAUUAGUUAGGUCCCUAACUUGACCUAUUAUCUCCCUAAUGUUUACCAGACCUUUAUAUUAGUUAGGUCCCUAACUUGACCUAUUAUCUCCCCUAAUGUUUACCAGACCUUUAUAUUAGUUAGGCCCCUAACUUGACCUAUUAUCUCCCUAAUGUCACCAGACCUUUAUAUUAGUUAGGUCCCUAACUAGACCUAUUAUCUCCCCUAAUGUUUACCAGACCUUUAUAUUGGUUAGGUCCCUAACUAGACCUAUUAUCUCCCUAAUGUUACCAGACCUUUAUAUUGGUUAGGUCCCUAACUUGACCUAUUAUCUCCCCUAAUGUUUACCAGACCUUUAUAUUAGUUAGGUCCCUAACUUGACCUAUUAUCUCCCUAAUGUUUACCAGACCUUUAUAAUAGUUAGGUCCCUAACUUGACCUAUUAUCUCCCUAAUGUUUACCAGACCUUUAUAUUGGUUAGGUCCCUAACUUGACCUAUUAUCUCCCUAAUGUUUACCAGACCUUUAUAUUGGUUAGGUCCCUAACUUGACCUAUUAUCUCCCUAAUGUUUACCAGACCUUUAUAUUGGUUAGGUCCCUAACUUGACCUAUUAUCUCCCUAAUGUUUACCAGACCUUUAUAAUAGUUAGGUCCCUGACAUGACCUAUUAUCCCCCCUAAUGUUUACCACCUUUAUAAUAGUUAGGUCCCUAACUUGACCUAUUAUCUCCCCUAAUGUUUACCAGACCGUUAUAUUGGUUAGGUCCCUAACUUGACCUAUUAUCUCCCUAAUGUUUACCACCUUUAUAUUAGUUAGGUCCCUGACAUGACCUAUUAUCUCCCCUAAUGUUACCAGACCUUUAUAUUGGUUAGGUCCCUAACUUGACCUAUUAUCUCCCUAACGUUUACCAUCUACCUCCUCAUCAGUGUCAUCACUAGUACAUGUCAAAAUAUAAUCCCCUGGAUCACAAGAUAUUAACACAAACACUAUGUACAAUAAAAUGCCAUACCUGUGAUUUUACCUAUUAAUAAGUACCAUAUACUCAAUUUCGAUUUAAUAUUUGCCAAAAGUGACGAUUCAAUUGAGCAGAUUUCACGGUGAUUUUUUUUACAAUAACUCAUUGCAGCUGUGUCCAAACUGUAUCAAGUGUAUAGACAUGACACAAAUGAAUUUUUUAUACAAGAAUAAAUAUGUUUCAGUGCUCUGAAAUUUUUCUGAUCUCUAUAUAUUAUCGCUAAAUCCUUAAAAUAUGUCAGAAUUAAAAGCUGUUAAUCAUAUAUUUAUAAGAAAUGGACAGAAUCCCACGGCAGUAUACAGGGACCUGGCUUUGGUUUUAGGGUGGACCCAUAAUAGGCCCAUAUAUAAUCUUCAAAACAUAAUCUACUGAUCUAUCUGGUUGUUAUGUCUGAAACCAAGUAUAUGGCUAUACCUUAAACCUUUGGCCAGGAUAUACUCCGAAGGUGUAGAGAAGCAAGGUAAAAUGAGCAAAACCCUUGGCUUUUUAUGAUAU